ACCCGCGACACGCGCCGGUCGCGAAGUCAUGUGACAAGCGAACUAGCCGAGUGUCGGCCCUUCUUAUGGCGCGCUCCCCGAAGGCCAAAGCGGCUCAUCGCCGCAGCAGGAGCCACUCCCGGGAACUCACCAGAAUCCGGGCGCAACUUUACGCAAAAGGUAACAUUCAGGCCAAUGGUGAUUGGAUGACGGUCUCGGGUCGGUCGCCGGACAAAGAGCAACCGCCCUCGCAGCAGAUCACCCACGCCGAGCCGCUGGUGCAGUCAGUGCGUGCGUACCUGUCACGCGAACUGCCCGCCGAGCCUCCCGCGCCUGCGCCCCCUCUCUGCCAUGCCGACAUAGCGGCCGACACCGCGCGCGAAGAGAUCAAAGGCAUCAACUUUGAGCCCCGCCUCCGUCGGAAUGAUCUAAACAAUAACGCAUCCGCCCGUCACAACGAAUCGCGUGAAAUGCCUAACCUAGCAGAACUGUUGCAGCGACAGCCGCUGCUGUCGCGCAAGGCAGACGCCCCGCAACCCACGACCGAUGAAUCGGACCCAGAGCAUUCGCCUCAGCGCACCCACGCCGGUGACUUUAUCGUCGAACUGCCUCCGGGCACCGUCAGGGAAGAGCGUUACCCGAAAGAGAUAGGCAAGACUAUCGUGUCGUUCUUUUUCCUAUUUAUAUGCGUGUGUAUCAACAUGAUGUCCCUGUCGCUCGUUCACGAGCGGCUCCCGGACAGGAACACCACUGCGCCACUCAGUGACAUCGUGCUCGACAACGUGAUCGCUAGAGACUGGGGCCUGUCCGUCUCCGAGUACCUCAUAAUGAUUUCGACCACUGUGGCGAUGCUCGUCGUCAUUCUGCAUAAGCAUCGCUUUAUCGUCGCCCGCCGCCUCUUCUUUAUCAUCGGGCUACUCUACUUGUAUCGGUCUCUUACCAUGUACGUGACGGUCCUGCCCGUGUCCAGCACCACGUACUACUGCAGUCCAAAGAGCAACAACACUACGCCUCUCCUUAUCAUAAAACGAAUGUUCUAUUUGAUAUCCGGGUUCGGGCUAUCGAUCAACGGCAAACAUACUUACUGCGGAGACUUCAUUUACUCCGGGCACACCAUGAUCCUCGUGCUGAGCUACUUGAUAGUGGCGGAGUACUCGCCCAAGAAGCUGUGGCCGAUGCACUGGGCCAUGUGGGCGUCGGCGUGCGUGGGCGUGGUGUUCGUGCUGGUGGCACACGGCCACUACACCGUGGACGUCGUCAUCGCCUACUACAUCACCACACGCCUCUUCUGGACCUUCCACUCGCUGCUGGUGACGCCGCACCGCGCCGGUGGAGGCUACAACCACUACAUGAUACAACGCGAGUGGUGGUACUGGCUGUUCACAUACCUGGAAGGCAACGUGCGCGGCCCGGUACCGCGCCGCUACGACUGGCCGCUGUUCUGGCCGCGCACGAAGCUCUUUAGCCGCCUCAGCUAGUGACGCGCGCACCCGCCGUCGCCUCCGCCACCGGAACGCGUAUGACGCUCACCUUCUGAGAAUGCCGCUUCAGCACCUGCAGCUCUUUGGGGCUGGUUCGCGUGCAGAUCGCCAGAGUGAGCGUGUAGUCGAACUGAUGGACGAUCAAGUUCAGGUAGACGGUCUCCUCCCAGUCGAUCUCGGGGUCGCCGAUCGGGAGCUUCUUGGAGUCCUUGCGGAAGACCUCGACGUCGGUCUGCGAACACAGGGCGGCGCCGCGGCACAUUAGUGUCGACCUGAAUGUGUCGCGUGCCGUCUAAAUGCCCAGAACUUCUCUAUGCUUUUAUUGUUAUGUUAGAAUAAGGCCGUGAACAAUAACAACAAAUCAAUUGUAGAAACUAAGAUAUUUGAUUUUAUUGUUUUGUAUUAUAUAUUUUAUAAGUAGUUAUUAAUAGCAAUCAAUUUCGAGUCUAACAAAGAAGAUUCUAUUUAUUAACAAAAUAUACUGUGAUUCAUGUUUGAGAAUGACCGACUGAGGUUUUAGUGUGCAGUUAGUGAGUGCUCAUGUUGAUGAAUUUCUAAGUACAUUCUUGUUGUAAUACCUGCCUAAUGUAAUAAGAAAAAAUAUUUUUAUAUUGUUUAAAUAAAGUACAUUAUAACUGUAUUUUAAAAAAAGUUUUCUAUUUCCUAAAUAAUAUAUAUGUAUAUAGAUUAAAUCCACUUGGUGCUAAUUUUUAAGACUCUGGCUAAGGAAAAGAUGUUGCUUAGUACAUUGUCGUUUUCUGUAUCACUAAAAUUAUCACAUCAUUAUACGAACAGGUCCAUAAAAUCCAUUAUAUGAAGAUAUUUAGUUUAAUUUGUAAUAAAAUACAAUUAGUGGAUUGAAAAAAAUGAUAAAUAUUAAAAUAGCUCUUCUCUAGUAUAAACCUACUUUUGGUAUAAUCAAACAUUAAAAUAGUCAAUAUAUGUGGUUACUAAAAAAUAAGUUUAUAGCUUGUUAUCAUAUGUACUCACUUCGUAUUUAGGAAGAUAUCGAGAAGAGCCUUUAACAUGUCUCUUGCGAACAAAGAAGAGUAAGUCAUCACAGUCUAUUGACUGGUCUUCUUGGAACAAGAAGUGGCGUACAAACAAGUCAGUCCAAUAUGUGGUUCCUUGGAGUACUACAAAGCCAGAUUCUGAAAUUUUUAGGAUUAAUUGAUGCAGCAGCUAUAUAUUUCUGUACCUUUAUAAACUGCAUCGUUGUUGCACAUAGCCAUUUACCCCAUGUUUACCAAGACCCUAUAUUAAAUUUCUGGAGAGUACGAAGUUUAGAUGGGCAGAGUGCCUUUGUUAACUGUUUAUUUAAGCUUAAUGUUAAUGCUAUGCCUUAAAAUGUGUUUUAUAUAUAUGUGUGUGUGUAAUUUAAUAAUCAUAAAUUUUCCUCUAUAUCUAUAUUUGUGGUUGCACAAAUGUCCCAAUUCAUGUAUUGAUUUAGAACAAUUUUUGAACUGAACAAUGACGGUCAAGGUUUUUAAUACAUAUAGUAAUAAGAAGGUAUAUGGGAAGGCAAGAAAUAUAUUGAAGAAAAAGAAAAACAUAGUUUUAUAAAUUUUGUAUUAUUAAAUACCUUAAUGUCUCUUUACCACAGUUGCAAUGGCAAAAAUUUCAUAAAUAUAUUUUGUUGCUAAUAUGUUUGUAAUGGGUUUAACACAAAAUUGUAAUAUUGGCUUUAAUUAUUAUUCUGAUAUAAUCCUAAGACAAAUUUCUUUCAAUUUAUUCUUAAUUUCAUAACAUUCCAAAUAGUUUUAAGUUGCAUUUUAAAUAAAAAUUUAUCAUGUUCAAUAGUAGGCACUAUUAUUACUUUAAAGACCAUUGUGGAUGUCAUAAUAACAUAACGACACAAAAAUUCUGUUAAAUAAAAUAUUGAUGUUGUAAAGAUGAGAUCAAUAAAUGGUUUCUAUAUA